GUUGAUCUGUUUUAUUUAAGAGCAUUUUAAUUUCAACAAACAAAUCAAACAAAAAAUGAACUCGCCACCACUACCCAGUCGCACGGAGGAUUCCAUGCUACGUCUGAAGAUCCGCAGCUAUGCCAAGGAGCAACGCCAGGUGCUUCGCACGAGUGCAACAGAUGCGCUGCGCUUUGGCUUGGGGCAGAUCUGGAACGAAAUAAGCGAACUGGAAAAUCUGAGUGCCAAGGAUGUUAGUGGACUGGCGGCUAGGAUCAAGCGGCGUAAGCAUGCCACAGCGGAGGAUAUGUACCGAUUGAGUCACGCCUUUCUGCAGGGAAAUGAGAAUAUUAAUACAUUCGCCGGUAUACCGGGCGCCAUGCAGGUGCUUGUUAAGGAACUAAGUGGUGCCAAUAUACAGCGUCAAAUUGAUGCCGCCGAAUGCUUCUGCAAUCUGUCCCUGGGCGAUGCUCACGUGUCGGAGAAAAUUGCAGCGCUGGCGGGCAGCUAUUUGGUCACAUAUUUGGAUGGCAAGGAGCAGCGUCUGAAACGCAGCUGCCUGUGGACAUUGGCCAACAUAUUGGAGACCUGCACAAAGGCAGCUAAGACUUUGUUGCAAAUGCAGCUGGUGCCCAAAUUGUGGAAGCUCUACACGGCGCCCCCGGAUGACUUGAAUAAGUUUCAGACUGAUGCUGGCACCUGCUUGCGCCUGAUUGCCACGCACUCCGGCGGCCUAGUGAGUGACUUAGAUCGCGGCUACAUUGUGGAGCAUCUAGAGGAGAUGAGCCUCGAGGCACAAGGCAGCGAAUACUUUAUGUACAUUUUAUUUCAAUUAGAAAUUGUCCACGCAAAGCGGGAGCUAAGCGUGCAGCAGGCUGAAAGUUUGGUUAACUUUUUUGUUGGCAGCUUGGACAGCAGUUGGAGCGCCAUCUAUGGUGUGCGUGUGAUGGUUAACCUCUUGGCUAACGGUGAAUCCCAGCUGCUGGGUUGCUUAGCGGCACCUGAGCAGUUUUUGGCUGUUUUAAAUCGUUUAUUUGCGCUGCGGAAUGCCAAUCUGAACUGCGACUUGUUGCGUUUGCUUAAGAAUUAUUUAAGUCUGAACCUGGUUGAUAGCAAUUUAUUAUUGGAACAACUCAAAGUUUAUGCUUAAAUUACAUUUGAGUCUUGGGUGUCUCUUUAUUGGUCAUUUAAUGAGAAUUUGUCAAGCGAUAAAUAAAUAAAUAAAACCGAAGAAAAUUCCUCACACUUAGGACAGAA